UGUUCAAUUAAAGAGACCUUUACUAGUUUCUCGAUUUUAUAGUCAAAUGUGUUAUUAUUUACACAGAUUUUUGUUUAUUUAUUUUGUUUAGAAAAUAUUUGUAAAAUGGGUGCAAACAAAAAUUCAAAUUUUCAAAAAUGUGGUGAAAUUUUAAUUGAUAUUAAAAGAAUUAAAUAUAAAACAAAAACGUACACCUAUCGUUGUGGUUUUUGUAGUGUCAAUUGUGAACAACUUAAGAAGUUUAUAAAGCAUCUCGAAGAUAAACAUUUUAAAAAUUUAGAGCAAGAAUUGAAGGAUGUUCUAAUACAAAUAGAGCCAGAAAUUUCAAGACUGACAAUUAAUAAGAACGAAACAUCUCAUAUAGAAACCACAACCAAUGUAGCUUGUGAGGACACUAUGAGUUGUAAUGAUUCCAGUAGUGAAACAGAAGAUAACGACACAUAUUAUAGAACUAAGAAAAUUAAAGAUGAGCAAAAUACUAAAAAGUAUAAUAUAACACCUAAGCACUAUACUUCUGAUGUUGACAAUGAUGAUUCAAAGGAUUCCGAUUUCAAUCGCAUCUAUAAGAAAAAUUUGCCACUUUUUAUUGAACAAUACAAAAAGCAUGAAAUACUUUGGGACGUAAAUAAUAUUGCAUUUGGUGUUACACCUAAGAGAUUAGAAAUACUUGGUAAAAUAGCAGAUGAAGUAAAGGUACACCUUAAAAGAAACAUAAAUGUUCAUGGAAUACAUACAAACCUUAAGUUUUUAAAUCGAUUAUUUUCCAAAGAUAAAAAACAGGAAUUAAUAUGUAAAUUGGAAAAUAAAGAAUUCAUACCUGAAUCUGAUUUAUAUACGAAACUGUAAUUUGUCAGCGAAAGUCAAGGACCAUUUUUAUGUUCGAUCUGUAAUAAAAUUAUAACAAAAUAUGAUUCCUACUAUCAACAUUUGGCUGAACAUAAGGGGACUCCGGCCUUUAAGUGCACAUCUUGUGAAAUGACAUUUGCUAAAUUUGAUAAAUAUAGAAUUCAUAAAAAACGUCACUUAAAAGUUUACAACUGUUACUGUAAUGUAUGCGGCAAAGGAUAUCUUUAUCAAGCAGAAUUGGAUUAUCAUUUAACUUCUCACACUGGUGUAAAGCCAUUCCUAUGUUCUGUAUGUGGUGAAGGAUUUAGAAGUCGUAACCAUCAUGCUGUUCAUGUGUUACGUCAUGAAAAUCGCUUUCGUUACGAAUGUCACAUAUGUAAAAAAGGAUUCAUGUACUUGCAUGCUCUUAACUCUCAUGUAAAAUGUCAUCUUAAUAUUCGUGAUAUCAUAUGUAAAAUUUGUAAUAUGGGUUUUACAGGUAAUAAAUAUUUAAAACGACAUGAAAAAAAGUGUCACUCAAUUAAGUAAAAUUUUGGUAUAAUGUUAAAGUAAAUUUUAUGAAAU